GUAUGGAUAAGCAUGUGCACAUGUGUGCAUGCAUGGGUGUGUGCGUGUGGGAAGUAGCCCCCUUGCACAGUGAUUUAAUCUGGCUUAUCUCUUUUCUCAGCUCAGAAUUUUCUAUAGAGCAUUGACCUAGGUUACAGGAAGAUGACCAUAGGGCAAACCCAAACAUUUGAAUGGCUCAAUGAGCAAGUUGCACAUCCAUAAAAUGAGAGGUUUGGUCUUUGUAACCUCUGAAGUCCUGCCCCAUUUUUAGCAUUUUAUGGUUCUAGGUACUGAGUCAAAAGUGGCUCUCCUCUUCUGGAAUGCUCUGUCCUUGGACCAGACAUUUGUCUUCAUUCCUCUUCUCUAUUCAUACCUGGCUUCCCAGUUCCUUUGUCUGGGCCCGUUUCUUCCUUGAUUUCUCCAAAUCCUACUUGCUUUUUAACUCUUUUGUACCCUCUAUGCUUUGUUAAAUUUUUCUGCAUCCCUACUUCCCACCACAUUAUACCCCUGGUUUCCAGGUCUCCCCUUCUAUGUCUGCCCAUUCCUAUCUGCAUCCUGGUUCUUAACUGAAGCUAUCUCCCUGGGCUCCUCCGAGGGCCCCCCCUGGGAUCCCCUAUCACUGGUCCCUCUCACAGAAGCACACCUUUCUCCAAAGCCAAAGGAUCAGGUAUUCAGUGGCUCAGGUGACAAACCUCCUGUCAAGUUACAGAUAUUGUUCCCUGAAAGACCACACUACAGUGUCAGUGGCAACUCAGGCUGCCUGCAGUGCUCUGCCCUCAUCUGGCUAUCCCAUACAAGGUGAGAAUAAGCAGAACUCACCUCUUACUGGUGCUCACCUGGAAACAUGGCUCUGAGCCUCUGGCCCCUGCUGCUGCCGCUGUCCUGUACAGUGAUUCUGGUCCCUACUGGGAUUCAGUCCCUGGACCCUGGUCUCUCCCUCCUGAAGUCAUUGCUCUCCACAAUGGACCAGGCUCCCCAGGGGUCCCUCAGCCGCUCACAGUUCUCUGCAUUCCUGGCCAACAUUUCUUCUUCCUUUGGGCCUGGGAGAAUGGGGGAGGGACCUGUGGGGGAGCCCCCACCUCUCCAGCCCCCUGCCCUCCGCCUCCAUGACUUCCUGGUGACACUGAGAGGCAGCCCAGACUGGGAGCCAAUGCUAGAGCUACUAGGGGAUGUGCUGGCACUGCUGGGACAGGAACAGACUCCCCGGGACUUCCUGGGACACCAGGCAGGUGUUCUGGGCGGACUCGCAGAGGUGCUGCUAGGAGCCUUAGUCCCUGUGGGGCCCCCAGCCCCAACGCGGCCCCCGUGUACCCGUGAUGGGCCCUCUGACUGCGUCCUGGUGGCUGACUGGUUGCCUUCUCUGCUGCUGUUGUUAGAGGGUACACGCUGGCAGGCCCUGGUACAGGUGCAGCCCAGUGUGGAACCCACAAAUGCCACAGGCCUCGAUGGGAGGGAGCCCACUCCCCACUUUUUACAGGGUCUUUUGGGUUUGCUCACCCCAGUAGGGGAGCUGGGCUCUGAGGAGGCUCUUUGGGGAGGUCUGCUGCGCACAGUGGGGGCCCCCCUCUAUGCUGCCUUCCAGGAGGGCCUUCUCCGUGUCACUGACUCCCUACAGGAUGAGGUCUUUUCCAUUCUGGGGCAACCAGAGCCUGAUGCCAAUGGGCAAUGCCAGGGAGGCAACCUUCAGCAGCUGCUUUUAUGGGGCAUCCGGCACAACCUUUCCUGGGAUGUCCAGGCGCUGGGCUUUCUGUCUGGAUUGCCACCCCCACCCCCUGCCCUCCUCCACUGCCUGAGCACGGGUGUGCCUCUGCCCAGGGCUUCCCAGCCCUCAGCCCACAUCAGCCCUCGCCAACGGCGAGACAUCUCUGUGGAGGCCAUCUGCGAGAACAACUCAGGUCCAGCACCACCCUACAGCAUUUCCAACUUCUCCAUCCACUUGCUCUGCCAGCACAUGAAGCCUGCCACCCCGCAGCCCCCUCCCAGCACCAUUGCCAUCUGCCAGACAGCUGUGUGGUAUGCAGUCUCAUUGGCACCAGGUGCCCAUGGCUGGCUACAGGCCUGCCAUGACCAGUUUCCUGAUCAGUUCCUGGAGGCAUUAUGUAGCAACCUCUCCUUUUCAGCUCUGUCUGGCCCCAACCGCCGCCUGGUAAAGCGGCUCUGUGCUGGGCUCCUUCCACCCCCCACCAGCUGUCCUGAAGGUCUGCCUCCUGUUCCCCUCACCCCAGAGAUCUUCUGGGGCUGCUUCUUGGAGAAUGAGACCCUGUGGGCUGAGCGGCUGUGUGGAGAGGCAGGUCUGCAGGCUGUGCCCCCCAGCAAUCAGGCUUGGGUUCAGCAUGUGUGCCAGGGGCCUACCCCAGAUGCCACUGCCUUCCCACCCUGCCACAUUGGACCUUGUGGGGAGCGCUGUCCAGAUGGGGGAAGAUUCCUGAUGAUGGUCUGUGCCAAUGACACCAUGUAUGAAGCCUUGGUGCCUUUCUGGCCUUGGCUAGCAGGCCAGUGCAGGAUAAGUCGUGGGGGCAAUGACACUUGCUUCCUAGAGGGGCUACUGGGCCCUCUUCUGCCCUCUCUGCCACCACUGGGACCAUCCCCACUGUGCCUGGCCCCAGCCCCCUUUCUGCUUGGCAUGUUAUCCCAAUUGCCACGCUGUCAGUCCUCUGUUCCGGCCCUUGCCCACUCCACACGCCUACACUAUCUCCUGCGCCUGCUGACCUUUCUCCUGGGUCCAGGGGCUGGGGGGACUGAGGCCCAGGGGAUGCUGGGUCAGGCCCUGAUGCUCUCCAGUCUCCCAGACAACUGCUCCUUCUGGGAUGCCUUCCGCCCAGAGGGUCGGCGCAGUGUGCUGCUGACCGUUGGGGAGUACUUGGAACAGGAGGAGCAGCUGACCCCACUGGGCUUUGAACCUCCUGCCAGACCCAGCUCUGGUAUAAACAAGAUGGAGCUGCUGGCCUGCUUCAGCCCUGUGCUGUGGGAUCUGCUCCAGAGGGAGAAGAGUGUUUGGGCCCUGCAGAUUCUAGUGCAGGCAUACCUGCAUAUGCCACCGGAAAAUCUCCAGCAGCUGGUACUUUCAGCAGAGAGGGAGUCUGCCCAGGGCUUCCUGACACUCAUGCACCGUUCCUGGGCCCAGCUGCAGGUGCCACCAUCUGAGGAGCAAGCCUUGGGUCGCCUGACAGCCUUGUUGCUCCAGCGGUACCCGCACCUCACCUCCCAGCUCUUCAUUGACCUGUCACCGCUCAUCCCCUUCUUGGCUGUCUCUGACCUGAUGCGCUUCCCACCAUCCCUGUUGGCCAAUGACAGUGUCCUGGCUGCCAUCCGGGAUUACAGCCCAGGAAUGAGGGCUGAACAGAAGGAAGCUCUUGCAAAGCGACUGCUGGCCCCUGAUCUGUUCGGGGAAGUACCUGCCUGGUCUCAGGAGCUACUGUGGGCAGUGCUGCCCCUGCUCCCCCACCUCCCUCUGGAAAACUUUCUGCAGCUCAGCCCUCACCAGAUCCAGGCCCUGGAGGAUAGCUGGCCAGCAGCAGGUCUUGGACCAGGGCAUGCCCGGCAUGUGCUACGAAGCCUGGUGAACCAGAGUGUCCAGGAUGGAGAGGAGCAGGUGCGCAGGCUGGGGUCCCUCGCCUGUUUCCUGAGCCCUGAGGAGCUGCAGAGCCUGGUACCCUUGAGUGAUCCAAUGGGGCCAGUAGAACGGGGGCUGCUGGAAUGUGCGGCCAACGGGACCCUCAGCCCACAAGGACGGGUGGCAUAUGAACUUCUGGGGGUGUUGCGCUCAUCUGGAGGAGCUGUGCUGAGCCCCCGGGAGCUGCGGGUCUGGGCCCCUCUCUUCCCUCAGCUGGGCCUCCGCUUCCUGCAGGAGCUAUCAGAGCCCCAGCUUAGAGCUAUGCUUCCUGCCCUGCGAGGCACCAGUGUCACACCAGCCCAGGCUGUAUUACUGCUUGGACGGCUCCUCCCUAGGCAUGAUCUGUCCCUGGAGGAACUCUGCUCCUUGCACCCUCUGCUGCCAGGCCUCAGCUCCCAGACACUCCAGGCCAUCCCUAGGCGAGUUCUGGUUGGGGCCUGUUCCUGCCUGGCCCCUGAACUGUCACGCCUCUCAGCCUGCCAGACCGCAGCAUUGCUGCAGACCUUUCGGGUGAAAGACGGCGUUAGAAACAUAGGUACAACAGGUGCCAGUGCAGCUGUGUGUAUCCCUGGUCAGCCCAUCCCCACCACCUGGCCGGACUGCCUGCUUCCCCUGCUCCCACUAAAACUGCUACAGCUGGACUCCACAGCUCUUCUAGCUAACCGAAGGCGCUACCGGGAGCUGCCCUGGUCUGAGCAGCAGGCACAGUUUCUCUGGAAGAAGAUGCAGGUGCCCACCAACCUGACACUCAGGAAUCUGCAGGCUCUGGGCACCCUGGCAGGGGGCAUGUCAUGUGAGUUUCUGCAACAGAUCAACUCAAUGGCAGACUUCCUUGAAGCAGUGCACAUGAUCUAUCAGCUGCCCACUGGGGUUCGAGGGAGCCUGAGAGCCUGUAUCUGGUUGGAGCUACAGCGAAGAAUGACAAUACCAGAGCCAGAGCUGGCAACCCUGGGGCCAGAACUGAGUGGACUAGACACCAGGCUACUCUUGGAUUUACCGGUCCGGUUGAUGGAUAGACUGUCCAAUGAAUCUAUUAUGUUGGUGGUGGAGUUGGUACGAGGAGCUCCAGAGCAGCUGCUGGCACUGACCCCACUCCACCGGGUGGCCCUGGCAGAGAAGGCACUACAAAACUUGGCUCCAAAGGAGACAACAGUCUCAAGGGAAGUGCUGGAGACAUUGGGCCCCUUGGUUGGAUUCCUGGGAAGAGAGAGUACACGACGGAUCCCCCUACCGAUCCUGCUGGGCCAUCUCAAUCAGCUGCAAGGCUUCUGCCUAGGAGAGCCUUUUGCCAUAGAGCUGGGAUGGUUCCUGUUGCAGGAGCCUGCUCUCGGGAAGCCAGAGUUGUGGAGCCAGGGAGAAGUAGAGCAAGCUGGACGCCUAGUACUCACUCUGUCUACUGAAGCUAUUUCCUUGAUCCCCAGGGAGGCCUUGGGCCAAGAGACCCUGGAGCGGCUUCUAGAGAAGCAGCAGAGCUGGGAGCAGAGCAGAGUUGGACAGCUAUGUGGAAAACCACAGCUUGCUCCCAAGAAAGCAGCCUUGGUAGCUGGGAUUGUACGGCCCGCUGCAAAUCUCCCAGAACCUGUGCCGAAUUGUGCAGAUAUACGAGGGACAUUCCCAGCAGCCUGGUCAGCAACCCAGAUUUCAGGGAUGGAGCUCUCAGACUUUGAAGACUGCCUGGCAUUAUUCGCAGGAGACCCAGGACUUGGGCCUGAGGAACUACGGGCAGCGAUGGGCAAGGCAAAACAGUUGUGGGGUCCUCCCCGGGGAUUCCGUCCUGAGCAGAUCCUGCAGCUAGGUCGGCUCUUAACAGGUCUAGGAGAACGGGAACUACAGGAGCUGAUCCUAGUGGACUGGGGAGUGCUGAGCACCCUGGGGCAGAUAGAUGGCUGGAGCUCCAUCCAGCUUCGGGUUGUGGUCUCCAGUUUCUUGCGGCAGAGUGGCCGGCAUGUGAGCCACCUGGACUUCCUUCACCUGACUGCACUGGGUUAUACGCUCUGUGGACUUCGGCCAGAGGAGCUACAGCAUAUCAGCAGUUGGGAAUUUAGCCAAGCAGCUCUUUUCCUGGGCAAUCUACAUCUCCAGUGUUCUGAAGAACAACUGGAAGUUCUGGCCCAGCUCCUUGUGCUGCCUGGUGGUUUCGGCCCAGUCAGUAACUGGGGGCCCGAGAUCUUCACCGAAAUUGGCACAAUAGCAGCGGGGAUCCCAGACCUGGCUCUUUCAGCACUGCUGCAGGAACAGAUCCAGGGCCUUACCCCUCUUGCUAUUUCUGUCAUCCCUGCUCCUAAAUUUGCUGUGGUGUUCAGCCCUACCCAGCUAUCUAGUCUCACAAGUGUUCAGGCUGUGGCUGUCACUCUUGAACAAAUGGCCUUUCUGAGUCCUGAGCAGCGACGAGCAGUUGCAUGGGCCCAGCAUGAGGGGAAGGACAUCCCAGAACAGCAGGGUCGAAGCACAGCCUGGGGCCUUCAGGACUGGUCACAACCCUCCUGGGCCAUGGCAUUGACCAUCUGCUUCCUUGGCAACCUGCUUUGAACCUGUCUCUACAGUUCAAGAGAAAGAUUGUUGGGAAAGAAAUUUUAAUAAAGUGCAAAUGGAAAUGCAUUCUAA